AUGUCACUUUCACUCCCAGAAAGCGAUCCACGGCCCAAUCGGAGAAGUCUGCUGCUUAAGAUGCUGCAGAAUCUGCCACAAGAGCUCUUACGAGUCGUUUUCGAUAAUAUCUAUCAAAAGGCACACCUGGCCGCAAUUUCUCUAGUCUGCCGCACAUUUCGUGUGCUUGUACUUCACAAGUUGUUCGAGGUUAUCACAAUACGGCCAAAGGAUGAGCAGCAUUUGUGGGACUUUGACGCUGUCAAAUUAUUCGACGACAAAAAUGUCCGAGAAGCAUCCAGAUUUCUGGCGACAUAUGUCAGAAAAGUCGCUUUCGCCGCACCAUUUGAGGCAACAAAUAACGAUGGUGCCGACCGAUGUGGGCAUAAGUGGGAGCAUGUUGAAAGUGAUUCGGACGGCGAUCUAGAAGAAUGGGAGCAGGAGCGCACUGUCGACACGAAGAAAACGAGAUAUGAACCAUGCACUCAACGAGAUGGUCCAGCUCCAGGCUUUCGUGAAUUGGACGGGAAUUUGAGACGUUUGGCGGAACAAACAAUGAAGCUCCUUGUGGCACUACCAGUCAACCAGCUCAAAGAAUUCCGGACCGAGUGCUACUUCGACCACGACUCUCGUGUGGCAUUAAAAGGUUUUUGCAAUCUGAAGCACCUCUCGUGGCGGGGUCUUAUGUCAAAGUCUGCCUUCUCUGCAGUUAGAGCACUCCUAGAGCACCAUCAUCAGAAGAUCGAGUCUUUGGAAUUAGACUUCAUUUCCUGGUCAAUCUUGGAGUCGCGAUUUUACACAGACAUCGACGUGGGUGAAGAGCCGCAGUUCGUCUUUCCCACUAAUCUUGACGGCAACAAGCAAUUGCUUCCUCGUCUACAAAACCUGGCCUUAACCGCGGCGUGCAUGCAGGAAGCUUCGAGCGUAGACAGGGAGGCAUAUCCUUCGCCAGGUCUCAAUCUUGGAACGAUUGACAGAUUAUGUCUCAAUAAUUGCUUAGGUACAAUGGGACUUAUCGCUAAGCUAGCUGAAGCUGGUAUCAAGGCGACUGCGAAGACACUUGAGCUGAUGCUGCUAGUGGAGGAGGAGGACGAUGAUCUUGAUCACGGCGUAUGCGACUUUUUCACCGGUCCAAGGUCUGAUAUCGAUUUCUUCGCCCCAUUUGAUACACUGUGCGAUCUCUUCUUGACAGUAGAAUCGUGUUCAUCACGACACGAUUGCCUUGUCGAUUCCAUCCUCAAACGAAGGAACACCUUGCGCAGGCUUGUUUACCACAAGAGAAACACCCCAUAUCAAGAAGAAUUUCAUGAUGCCAAGCUAUCAGAGCCAGGAGCCUGGGUAUACAUUCUUGCAACGAUAUCCCUUGAGGGCCUGGGUAUCUGCGAUGAUCCGUUUGCCUUGAAAAAAAGCUUUGAAUCCCUUCCCUCAACUGCCGCUACUAAGCAAUCUCUCAAGAUUCUCCACCUCCGCUCAGCCGGCAAAUCGUCCUGGAAACCCAAAUUCGUCGACCCAACCUUCUGGAAUACCUGGUCAACUCCAGAUCUCGACAGUCACGACUACAGGCAGACCUUCUCAUUCGCCUGGCCAGCAAGGGAGCAAGAGAGAUUGCAAAAUGAGGAGUUGAGAGAUGAAGAUGCCCUCGCAGACUGGGCCUUCAGCCCUGUCGGCUUCCCCAAUCUACGCGUCCUCGCUUUCGGCGACUUCUCCCACGGGAAACGCUUCAAGAGCCGGCAACGAUUACUUUGUCGGAAUGGCGUCCUAGGUAAGACGGCGGCGGGGAAAUCCUGGAGAGAUCUUGACAUGGAGAGAGAUAUCAUAGAUGGAGAAUUGGUGGAGAGGAAUAUGGAUCUGCUUGCAGCUUGUCCGGUCAGCCCUUUGUUGUGGGGUCUGGGUAGGGCUGAUGAAUGGCCUGGCAUCUCUUGA